CUGGGUCUCACGGGCACUUCCAUAUACCUCAAAAUAACAAUAAAAAUGGCUGUUGCCAGCUCAUCCACCCUCACUGACAGCCAGGUCAGCAAGAUCCAGCAAGAUUCCGACUUCUCCAUCAAGAGCGAGUCCGUCACCCCCAAGCUCGACACUUCUCAAUGGCCUCUUUUGCUUAAGAACUACGAUAAGUUGCUUGUUCGAUCUUCUCAUUUUACUCCAAUCCCCUCCGGUAUCUCACCUCUCAAACGCGACCUCCAAACUUAUGUCAAGUCUGGUGUCAUUAACCUCGACAAGCCUUCCAACCCGUCUUCUCACGAAGUUGUUGCUUGGUUGAAGCGAAUUCUGCGAGUCGAGAAGACCGGCCACUCAGGUACCCUUGAUCCCAAGGUCACUGGUUGUUUGAUUGUCUGUAUCGACAGAGCUACUCGACUGGUCAAGUCCCAGCAAGGUGCAGGAAAGGAAUACGUGUGUGUGGUUCGAUUCCACGACAAGUUGCAGGACGAAAAGGCUUUGCCUCGAGCUUUGGAGACCCUCACUGGCGCCCUUUUCCAACGACCGCCCCUCAUCUCCGCCGUCAAGCGUCAGCUUCGUGUUCGAACAAUCUACGAGUCCAAGUUGAUUGAAUACGACAAUGAAAGAAACCUUGGUGUAUUUUGGGUGUCUUGUGAGGCUGGUACUUAUAUUAGGACUCUGUGUGUCCACUUGGGAUUGCUCUUGGGUGUCGGUGCCCACAUGCAAGAACUCAGACGUGUAAGGAGUGGUAUCACUGGCGAGAAUGAUGACAUCGUGUCUAUGCACGAUGUAUUGGAUGCCCAGUGGUUGUACGAUAACACUCGUGACGAAUCCUACCUUCGUCGAGUGAUUCGCCCUCUUGAGUCUCUUCUCGUCAAUUACAAGCGUAUCGUCGUUAAAGAUUCCGCCGUCAACGCCAUUUGCUAUGGUGCCAAGCUCAUGAUUCCAGGUCUUUUGCGAUACGAAGCAGACAUUGAAGUCAAUGAAGAGGUUGUUCUCAUGACCACAAAGGGUGAGGCUAUCGCCAUUGGUAUCGCCCAAAUGUCCACUGUCGACCUUGCCUCUUGCGAUCAUGGUGUGGUAGCCAAGGUGAAGAGAUGCAUCAUGAACAGGGAUCUUUACCCUAGGAAGUGGGGACUUGGUCCCAAGGCUCAAGAAAAGAAGAAGAUGAUCAAGAAGGGAGAGUUGGACAAGUAUGGCAAGCCUAUCGAAGGUGUUACCCCUCAACAAUGGUCCUCGGGUUAUAUUGACUACAAUGACCCUGAUGCUGUGCCUGCUUCUGGAUCCAACGAUCUCUUGCCCACCCAACCUCCCACUGCAGAAGAUGUGAAGAUGGAGCCGGUCGAGGUCAAGGUUGAGGCGGACGAGAAAAAGCGCAAGCGCGAGGAAGAGGAAGUUGGAUCACCAAAGGCUGAGGAGAAGAAGAAAAAGAAGAAGGUGAAGACUGAGGAUGGUGCGGAGCGAGAGGAAACUGCUGAGGAGAGGGCGGCAAGGAAAGCUGCCAAGAAGGAGAAGAAGGAGAAAAAGAAGGCGAAGGAGGAGUAGGUCUGGGUUUUUUGCGUCUUAUAGAGGGCUCUUGGAUUCUUGCCAAUCAAUUCUCAAUUCCCUGUCAAUCUCUCCGAAACCUUGGAAAAAAAUCUUGAAGAAGUUGAUAUAAUGCCUGACAUCGUGGCUACCCGCUGUCUCCCUAAUGGAGUGCAUGGACAGUUGGGCGAGACCAAUGUCAACCGUGCGGACGUGUGUAGAGAGGUGUGGACCAACGGUUGAACCGCAUGUCUAAAUCACCGUUGAAUCAGCACCGCCUUCGAACCCCUGGUGUAACGCAUGUACGUACGGAAUCAUUGCGGAUCUCGAAUUCUUGGACAGGAACCCCCGCCUUCUUCGCCACUCUUCUCAACAAGAAUGUGGUUUGAGCGUUGGAAGUGUAACGCUGGUUGGCGUUGGUCUUGAUAACGAUACCACCGUUGAUUUUGGGAGCAAGAUUGGGUUCGUAGCGUGAUUCGUAAUUGGGAUGCAUCUGCCGAGCGCAUUAGAU